UGCCUGGAGGAAAUGAAGGACUCUGGAGUCAUCUUGUGCUGCGAAAACUACCUGGUCUAUGAAGAUUUAGGAGAAGAGCCUAUUAUUAGAUGUCCAAUUCCACUAAGGAGAAAUGACAUUGAUGAUCGCGAUCGCUCACUCAUGAUCAUCUGUGCGGCUACUCACAAGACAAAGCUUAUCCACUUGUACCAAAUCGCCAACCUCGGUGAUGACCCAGAGGAACCGAGUUCUCCUCAAAAAUGCAUCUUGAUGAAGGCGAGACCUUCUUCUAUGGUCGGUGAUUUGGCGCGUGAGGAUGCACCACAG